AUGAGAAGAGGAGAGGAGAAGAGUAGAGGAGAAGAGGAGAGGAGAAGAGGAGAGGAGAAGAGGAGAGGAGAAGAGGAGAGGAGAAGGGGAGAGGAGAGCAGGAGAAGGGGAGAGGAGAAGAAGAGAGGAGGAGAUGGGAAGGGGGAGAAAGAGAUGGGUAAGGAGAGUAAGGAGAGUAAGGAGAUAAGCUGA